AUGAAUUACAUUAACAAUCAAUAUCAGCUGAUAAAGAAAUUAUCAGCCGGUAGUUAUGGAGUAGUGUAUGAAGGCGAGAAUAUUCAAAAUAAGAGUUUUGUUGCAAUAAAAAUAGAGAAGAAGGACAAACCACUUACUUUGGAAAGGGAAGUCUAGGCCUUAUCUCGAUUGUAAAAAAUAACAGGAAUCCCUUAAAUUUAUUGGAAUGGAACUCACAAUGGACAAAAUAUUCUUGUUAUGCAGUUGCUAUCUAAGGAUUUGGGAUACUAUUUAAAAGAGUAUCGAAAAUUCAGUCUUAAAACAGUCUUAAUGAUUGCAGAUCAAUUACUCUUAACCCUAAAGAAUAUUCAUUCGAAAUCCAUUUUGCACAGGGAUUUGAAACCUGAAAAUCUUAUGUAUCAUUAGAGAUAAGUUUACAUUGUGGAUUUCGGCAUUAGCAAGAUGUACAGAGAUAGUAAUCAAAAGCAUAUUCCUUUUAGAGAUGGUCGACCAUUUGUAGGAACUACUCGAUAUGCUCCUAUAGCUGCUCAUAAAGGUCAUGAAUUGAGUAGAAAAGAUGAUCUCGAAACAUUAAUCUACAUUCUAGUUCUAUUUCUGAAAGGAGUUCUACCAUGGCAAAACUAGAUACUUUAAAAUAACAAAGAGAAAUAGAAAUUGAUUGGGGAGAAGAAGAUUAAGUUGAGUUCUACUGAAAUUUGUUAGGACUUGCCAAUAGAGUUUCAAAAAGCUUUAGAGUAAAUAAAAUGUGUCUAUUUAAGUCAUAUAAAGAGUCUCGGUUUCUCUGUUGAACCUGAUUAUGAUUAUUUAAUAAAUUUGUUUAGGAAACUUGGCUAAAGACAUGGAUUUGAGUAUGAUAAUUUAUUUGACUGGUGUAAGGAAGAAGAGAUAAUUGCUCAGGCUAAAAUGACACAAUAGAGUGAGAAAAUAUAGCAGUUUUCACUCAAAUGGUAAAUAUAACAAAUAAGAUGUAUUAGUUAAUCUCUGUAAAUACCUUCUACAAUGGAAUGUCUAGAAAAAAAAGUAUCAUCUAUUUCAAACAUCAUAUAAAAUCCUAUGUAGAUUUCAUAAAGUGCAGUUAUAGUUGAGAUCAAUUCUGAAGGAACUCUUUCAGAUGAUAGCACAAAUUACCUUUAUAAUAAUUAUUAACAAUUAGAAAACUUUUCAAAUUUGUAUAAAAAUCAUCUCCAGAUUAUGAAGGAAAAAUGA